CCUGCUUAACUCAAACCACAUCGCGAGGAUCUCUACCAACUGAAAUUUCACAAGGCCGAUUGUCUGAUUGCAUCUUCUCAGCUUGAAUAUACAUUGCGAAGGUGUACGGUGGACGCUCGGAUUUGAAGCCCGUCGGAAGCACCAGACCAGAGACGAGUCUCGAUCGCCUAUUGCGUUCAACAACUGGAUAUUUUGGCCGUCUUAGAAAUUUGACCAACGGCUUCCUAUUCUCAUCAUGACGAAACCAGCGAACGGAAAUGCUGCCAACGGCGCUCCUGCUCGUCGUGUAGUGGUUACUAAGGGUACCAACGGUUCAACUGGUACGCAAGCGAACAGUUCACUUUCCGAUAGAUUCAGGCAAAUUGAAAUCGCUCGCGUGGCCUCUCGACAGGCCGGCAGCCGUCAAGCUACCGUAAUGGCCAAUCGUUUGGGCCGAGGUAAACCAAUGGCGAAUCGCGGCGUUGUUAACGCUAGUGCAUUUCGUGGUGCGCGCGGCGGCCUGAAUGGACAUGUGGCCCGUGGAGGCGUCGCCAAAAUCAGCCGAGGAUUUGCAAGGGGAGGAAGCGCUUUCCGUGGUCGAGGGAGUUUUGGACGAGGUUUUGCGGCAAGAAACACUUUUCGUAGUGGUCGAGGUGGAUUUCGUGGUGGACGCGGUCGUGGAGGUCGAGGUGGUGCCCCGCCGUCUAAAGAAGCUCUCGACAGAGAUCUCGAAAGCUUUAUGAUGAAGGAUACCAAAUAUGCUGCAAGCAAGCUCGAUAACGAACUGGACGAAUAUAUGGCUCAGGACAGCGAGGGCACCCCAAUGGAAUCGUGAACAAUUGUUUUCAGUAUCUGAAAGAAGUAAACCAGGCAGAGGAAUCGAAAGGGAGAAACAAUUUGGCGGCUGCAUUACCAUGUCUAUCGUCAUUUUGCGGUCUAUUUCUUGAUAAAUCGGAGUGGUGGAGUGAGAAGACAAUUACAUGGAGGUAACUCCCUAGCCAGCGAACGUUUGAGUCAUGGGAUUGGAAUGGAAUAUCUGUAAAAGAAAUUGAAGGUUGCAAGGUGUUAUUUGUAUGGCGACUGCCCCUUCUGUUUAUCCGUCUUUCCAGAUUGUAUAAGAAAAGUAUGCCUGGCAGAGAUUCUCAUGGCA